AUGUCCAAGGGCUUCCGCAAAUUCUUCGUGUACCUGCAAGAGGCGCUGCCAGUGCGUAUGCGAGCCAUCCACAUCCUGAACACCGAGCCGGUGCUGGACAAGCUGCUGCUCAUCAUCAAGCCGUUUAUGGAGAAGAAGUUCUAUGAUAUGCUAAACUUCCACCACAAAGAUGAGGACCUCGAAUCAUUCUUCGAGACCGUCAUCCCUCGUUCGGUCAUUCCCCAAGACCAUGGCGGCACCCUUCCCGACACCCAGACCUUGCACAAGAAGUGCAUGCAGUUCUUACAAGCUAUGGAGCCCUACUUCAGGGAGGAGGAGGAACAGAGGAUCCUGGCCCUCCCGGAUAAGAAGCGGGAUAAGGCCAUGGAAAAGGCUUUCAAGAAUCUGGAUAUUGAUUAAGGUGGAGUAUGGUAUUGGUUUGGAGUUUCGCACACUAAUCGCCGGUAUCAAGUAAUAGGCCUUAUUUUAGGAAGAAUUAUGCCCGUUUUCACCAACAAUCCCUAAUUUCAAUUUUUAUUGUAACAUAACAGGAAUUUUGUUUUCAUAGGGAUCACUUAAAAGUUAGGAAUAGUUGGUGAAAACGGGUAUUAGCCAAGUAAAGUAUUGAACUUCCAUUGAUCCAAAGUUAAAUGAACUAAGAAAAGAAGAUAAAAUGAAGUAGGCAAGAAGAUGGAAAAUCCGUUUGCGGAUAGUGUGCGGUACUUUUAGAUUUUUGUUGGUUAUUAUUAUGACAAAUUUUCAGCAUUUUAUUGUUAGAAUUUAACCUGCCGUAGUUAUUAGGCUGUUAAUACGUUAAUUGUUGUAUUGUAUUGUAUAUUUCGUUCGUUUGAUCCUAUAGUUUCUAUUAACAUUGUUCGAUUGUAAAUAUCAAUAAAAAACAUUCCUCAACAUGUAUUUGUGUACAGUCAGCGUCAAAAAACAAGCCGAAAAUAUAAAGCAUUAAAAACUAAUUAGACUGUAAUGUAAGUUGACUGUAGGUACAUUAAACUACACAUUUUUGAAUUGAAUAAGAUUCUAAUGCUUAACUAGAUGUGCCGUGGUCCGUACCACCAUUCCAGCGCAGUAUAAAUUCUGCCUUUGGUAAUUUAGUAAAAAAUAUUGACCAUGUAUUUUGUCAUAUAAAAAUUGCACAUAUUUUCGUAAUAUGUAUGACAGUCGACCGCACAUCAACCUCUCACAAAA